UCUAUGGUCGGCACCAACGGCCUAAAGCGGAGGAGCCUUCCAUCACGUGAUCCCUAGCAGCCAAUCACAGGCAGCUCUCCUCCUCACGUGACCCGCAUUGCUUACGGCCGGAGCUAUGGAGGAAUAUGCCCGCGAACCCUGCCCCUGGCGGAUUGUGGAUGACUGUGGUGGCGCCUUCACCAUGGGGAUGAUUGGUGGGGGUGUCUUCCAGGCUGUGAAAGGCUUCCGCAACGCUCCAGUGGGUGUCAGGCAUCGGUUCAAAGGCAGUAUUAAUGCUAUCAGGGUCAGAGCACCUCAGAUUGGAGGCAGCUUUGCUGUAUGGGGUGGGCUGUUCUCCACCAUUGACUGUGGCCUGGUGAAGAUGCGGGGAAAGGAGGAUCCUUGGAACUCCAUCACCAGCGGGGCACUCACUGGGGCAGUAUUAGCAUCACGCAGUGGGCCCCUGGCCAUGGUUGGGUCAGCCAUGAUGGGAGGCAUCUUACUUGCUCUGAUAGAAGGUGUUGGGAUUUUGCUGACGAGGUACACAGCCCAGCAGUUCCAGAACCCCAACCCCUUUGGAGAAGAUCCCAGCCAGCUGCCUCCCAAGGACGGAUCACCGUCAGCAGGAUACCCAGGCUAUGGACAUUAUCAGUGAAACAGUUUGGAGCCAGAGAUCUUUCUGAUUUUUGCAGGGACAGGGCAGGAAUUUCCCCCUGAAACUCCUUGAGACUUUCACACAGCAGCGGAAACAAGCAAACAAAGCCCGUGAUGGAUUUGAUUCCUAGAAUUUUCUUCAGGGAGGAGAAAGAGUGGGAAGGAUUAGGGAGUUUUUAUGCUGUGAACUAUCUACCACUCAGGGAGGGGGAGGAUGACACCUUGAGUCAGUGAAGUGAUGCACCUCAAGAUCAGUUCCUUGCAGUAUCCUACACAGGGACAACUCCCAAAUAAUUUCUCAUCUUGUAGGUCCCAGGGGUGUGGUAAUGGUUCAUUGACUGUAACAAAGAACUUUAAAAGGGCUGUCUCUGGCUACCUGCUUUUGUGUGUGUGUGUGUGUGUGUGUGUGUGUGUGUGUGUGUGUGUGAGCAUGCACCUUUUUUUUCUGUAUAUUGGAGUCCCUCCAUGCUGACUUGAAAAAUCUGUAGGCAGAGCAGUCUGCCUUUUCCCCAUCUCUUGUAGGUAAGGGCAUGAAUGAUUGCAGCAAGCUUGUAUCUCUGGCGGUGUAGCAAGAAUCUCAAGUUCUAAGAUUACAGUAUCUUCACAUACA